AUGCGGCGUAAGGGAGGAUCGAACUUCGUUAAAGUCCAACGAUCUGAGAGGACGUGUGGCGGAGGGUCGGAGGGUGUCAGUGACCGACAGCUAGCUGCAGGCUGCACCCCCAGGUGGCGCUGGCUGAACGCGCCUCAGCGGUCAUUGACCUGUAUCUCUCUAACGUCCCCCGCCCCCGCCCCGCCGGCCGCGCACCCCGAGCCCCACACAUCGAAAUCUUCCCCUCACCCUAUCCGAAGCACGCUGCCACAAAUACCAUCAAUACAAUAUCCUUUACAAUCCCUACACCUAAUCAUAAUAUGA